AUGAGUAACUGUGGAAGGCAUCAAGGAUUGGACAACAGCAACUACAAAUCAUUCGUUUCCAAGUUUACAUCGGUUUGCAUCAUUUUUAUAUAAAAUUCUUUGAAAAUUUUAACUCAAUGAUAUCUCCAGUUACUGCAUGUAUGAAAAAGGUCAUUUCAAGUGGACUGAUGAAGCUAGUAAAAGAGAAAUUAUGCCAUGGGCUGUGCUCUCCAAACAUGGGAACUCUUUUUGAUUCAGGGAGAGUUUAUUUUACAUACUGAUCAUCAGGCUCUUAAGUCAAUCAAUAGAAUGCAGGCCUGAUGUAUCUAUUUAAUUUAACAUUUUGCUUUUUCGUUGAACACAAGUUAGGGAAAUAUAUUUAGUAAAUUGACCUACAGAUGCAAAGAUUGCCCUGAAACACAGUAGGAUAAUACUUUGGCUGAAGCAGAGUUUGCAUAUUGCUCGUGUUCUGGGCAAUUGAUGCAGCCCAAACCCUGAACCCCACUACUGAGGAUGCAUAAAGACCCAGUAUUGAUGUACCUUGAAGCCCAUUACCAUUCAACUUUAGGCCGACUUUACUUGAAACACCUUCAAGGCCGUUUUUGUUUAAUGUAGCCCAGAACCUGUUGUCAAAUGAGGAAUGGAAGGUUUUGACCCAGGUGGGGGAACUAGUAAGAUCUCAAUUGAAAAGGCUAAAAAAAUUAAUAGAAUGAAGUGUCAUGAUUUUAUAGAUCAAGUCAACAGAAUCAGAAACUCAAGAGAGGUGACAACUAUGUUUUGCCGAAAUUCAACCCCAAAUGGUCUACUCAGAGAUUUGGUCACUUGUUUAGUCAGCCUAAAUCUCACACUUUGUACAUUUUAUUCAUGUAAAAUAUUCCUCUAUUAUUUUUAGGGCGUUCCUACUUCAUAAGGGCCUUCUAGCAGAAUCCUCCUUUUUCAUCGGACGGUUUAAACUGUUUUUUUCUCCCUAUUUCGAGGAUCAUAACAGAUUUUCUCCUUUAUAAGGCAUCUAUAAGAAACUUUUGGCUUAUAAAUAGGUCCCCCACUGUAGUCCCAAGGAGGCACGUUUCUUUAUCCAUCAAUUUUCGAGUUCUUUUCCUUUUUGCAGGCUCUCCCUUUCUACUGGUGAUCCAGUAUCCCUGUGGACUCAGCGAGCAAUUUUCGAUCUUAUGGACUCAUGAUAAACCCCUUGUGAACUCAAGACGCAAAAUCUUUUCGCUCUGUGGAUUCCGGGUGAAGAGUUUUCAACCAAGACACGUUAGUUUCAGAUCAAAACUUGUGAUAUUGUUUUCGGAAUAUAUAGCCAAAGCUGAAACAUGA